GUGGAGGCAGUAACGCGCCCAGUAGCUGCUUCUCCAACCUCCAGAAAACUCUGAAGAACAAAAAGAGGCUGCAGGUUUCUCGCCUGAGCAGCUGAAUUAUUCUGCUUGAGCUAAUCAUCUCCACAUUAUUUUUUUCUGACAGAAAUUUGCAAAGUUUUACAGUUACAUUGGAUCCAGUUAGAAAUAUAAGGGCGUUAUUGUGUCUUUAAAACCCUGAGACCUGCUAUAAUGAGUUCAGCAGGAGACAGACAGCGCUCCUCCAGAGAGUCUCGGGCUCCUGAUCCUGAUCCAGCUUCCUCACAGCUAUCUGAGGAUGUGAAAAUAGAAACUUCAGGUGUAGGGACAUCAGCCUCUGUGGGACACACCCCACCUGUGGACCAUCAGAGUGGAGCAGUCCAUAUGAAGCUUACACCUCGCUGUGUGAAGAAAGAGGAGAUGCUGGAGCUGAAUGUCUGCAACAGUGGAAAUGACCUGAACAACAUUCCUGAAGUUUCCUCCAUUAAAGAGGAAGAAACCGACGAUAAAGACUACCUCUACUGUGAAGUUUGCAAAUCCUUUUUCUUCAAAAAGUGUGAUGUUCACGGUCCAGCACUCUUCGUCCCUGAUACUCCUGUUCCCAUGGGAGUCCCUGACCGAGCCAGACAAACUCUUCCUCCUGGAUUAGAGAUUCGGAAGUCCGGUAUUCCUGACGCAGGCUUGGGAGUGUUUAAUAAGGGGGAGACUGUUCCAGUUGGCGCACACUUCGGACCCUACCAGGGAGAGCUGGUAGACAGAGAGGAAGCUAUGAACAGUGGCUACUCCUGGGUGAUAUCCAGGAGUGGACAGCGUGAGGAAUACAUAGAUGCCAAGAGAGAGAUGUAUGCUAACUGGAUGAGGUAUGUGAAUUGUGCCCAUAAUGAUGGCGAGCAGAAUCUUAUGGCAUUUCAGUAUCAAGGAGGAAUUCUGUACCGAUGCUGUCGACCCAUUAAUCCAGGACAGGAGCUCUUGGUGUGGUAUGAAGCAAAUUAUGCCAAAGAUCUCGGCACUACGUUUGACUACCUAUGGAACAAAAAGUGCUCCACAAAUGGAGCUGCUUCAAACCUUCAAGCAGCAUACAAAAGGGUCAGGGAAGAGAACUUAAGAUUAAAGGCAAAAGUGGACAGCCUUCAAGAGCGGGUAGCUGCCCUUGAGGCUGACAAGGUGUUUUUGCAGAAUAGUCUUUCAGCAGCACUUGCAAAGAAAGUCACUGGUUUGGAUGAGGAAGCAUCAGAAGAAGAAAGAAAAACAAUUGUGAUGAGGACAAAGAAAAAAGUGGCUAAAAAGAGGGAACGUAGCUCAUCUUCCUCCUCUGUCUCUUCCUCCUCCUCAUCUUCCUCAUCCUCACUGCAAAAAAAGAAGUAUAAAAAGGGGAAAGGAAAAGAAAAGAGAAAGAAGUACAGGGCUGGUGAAAAAAGGCAGAAAAGAGUUCUACUGCCAGAGCAUGCACUGGACCGGUAUCAGAGGGUCCUAAAGGCAGUGGCAUCAGGUCUUACAAAGACUGAGGCCUAUGCUAAAGUCGGCGUAGAUAGGAAGACGGUUGCUGAUUCAGCAUGUAUUGCCGAACUGGCAGAAUGUGAUGAGGAUGCUUACAAUAGACUUCGAGCAUCUUUUAAACGAGGAGACAAAAUGUCAGACUUCGUGGCCAGGUGUAAAGAACUCUGUAGUGAGGAGCCACUAAAAACAGAAAUUAUUAAAAAAAAGGAAGCGGGAUCGCUACUGGACAUUUUUGAACGGAAGCAAAAUAAAACAUAAUCAGAUCUGAGUAGUUUUGAGUAUUUUAGUAUUAAGUAAAAAUCCAGCCUGUUUGGUUGAAGUUCAUCUUAUUUGUAUUGUAUAUGUAGCACGCUGUCAAAUGUUAAAUUGGAAUUGUAUAUGUUAUUUGUUCAGAUUUAUAUUUGCUAGUCAAGUUUUCUGUCACAGUAUGUAAUGUUUACUGAAGAAAUUCCUAGGAAUGAAUUAGACACGAGUAGUAACUCGUGAGCCCAGUGCUGAGUAAUUAUUGUUUAUAUUGAAAUAAUCCUUCAUGUAUUACAUGUUAAUUCUGUACAGUGGAUUACCACUUUAGUACAGGGGGCACAAGCACUAUUAAUAAUGAAAAGUCAGUAACACAUCAGUUAAGAAACAUGAUUUCUACGUCUGAAAUAAAGGAUCCACCAAGAAAUAAAGGAUGGCCCAAAUUAAAGGGUUGUUACAGUGGCAUUUUAAGGGGGAAGUGCCUUUUGUGACUUUUUUUUUUACAAUGGAAUUUUAAGGGGGAACAGCUUUAAAAUUGGUUAGUGACAUCUUGAAGGGAAACUGCUUUUUUGUGAUUGAUACAGUGGUAUUUAAGGGGAAUUGCUUUCCAAAUGGUCAGACAACGACCCCAAACAUACAGCCAAAAUAACUCAAGAAGGCCUUCCAUGGCUGAGUCACUCUCCUGACUUGAAUCCCAGGGAAAAUGUAUGGAAGAUUUUGAAAUCGCAAGUCCAUCAGAAGGACCCUCAUAAGCUUUGGGAACUGAAGAUGAUUUGCCAAAAGGAAUGGAACAAAACUGAACCACAAUGCUGCAAAAAAGCUAAUUACUUCUUACUGUAGAUUUAUUGAAACUGUAAUUGCCAACAGCUGCUUUGCAACAAAGUACUUAUGUUGGUAAUUUGCAUUGUCCAAAUGCUUUUCUCCUAUCAGUUUCUUUUUUUAAAACAUAUCUUUGUUUAUACUUAUGAACACAUGCUUUUUUUAUUUGUAUUUGUCAAUAAACUCAAAAGGAUGUGUGUAAAUUUGAGGUUGCUAUAUGCACUAGAAGUAUAUUAAAUAACCAAAACAAAAGUGUCAGAAUAGUUAUUAGCAGUCACUGUACAUGCAAAUCAAAAAAAUCAAGUUAAAUGCUAACAUUAGCCCUAUCUUCUCAAGUUUGUGAGUUCAAAUCUCAACGGUACCACAGCUAUCUGUGGCCGGGGUCAAGGCCAUGCUCUCUUCUCCCCCUGGUAAUCACAUAGACAGUAGCCAAUCAUGGGUGUCUGUGAGUUCCUGUAUGUAGAAGAGGGUAGAUAGCACUUUACUCCUUGUGUGUUACGCUGAUUUGUGAAGCAGCAUGAGUAGCAGUUCGAAAAGACUCAUUUGGCUGGCUUAAUGUGUCUCGGAGGAAAUGCGUUAGACUUCACCCUCCCUGUUUGGUAGCUGUCAUAUGAUAGUUGAGAGCUGAAUCUUGGCUGGGAAUUCGCAGGAGACACUUUUUCACAAGUGUUUAUUUUUGUUUGUCUUUACUUUUUCCAAUUAUUUUUUGUAAUAUGCUGUCACCUUUCAUGACUCUUAACAGCCUGAGAGCCUCUGAAGCAAGAUUGUGUAUGAGAGGUGUUGCAAUUACAGGCCAUGCUUUCUCACAAUCUUGCAAACAGAAUCAACAUGCACAAAAUUUACAGAUUUGUUUUUUGAAUGUAUAAGGAAAAAAAAUUAGAAAAAUACUUCUGGGUUUGUUUUUUUAUUUUACCAAUAUGGCACAAAAUUGCUUCUUCACAAAUACCUCCAGCAUAAGGGGACAAAUCUCACUGUUUCCCCCCAGAUGGACACGGAGAUGUGAUCUACUUGUAUAUGCAUGCAUACAGAUAAAUCAAGCCUGUUAUCAUUGUGUAGACCUACCUCUACAUGACCUCCUAUAGUCUCAGAAGCAAUUAAACACCCUGUUUUCCGGAAACAAAAAGUAUAUCCUUCUUCAAUUCUUCAUGUUUUAUUUAUCAGGGCCUAAAUAACAAUUGUGUGGUCCUCACCAACU